ACGAUACAAGAAUAUUUGACAAUAGUCCAAUCGUGGCUUCGAUACCCUUCAGAUUCAAGGCCGGAGGCGACGGCAGCAUGCCUUCUUCACUCUCAUCUCACUCUCACAGGAGUACCACGAAAGUCUCGCACAAACCAUUCAAGUCUCGGAAGACGACCAAGGGUGCAUUGAAGGAAAUCUCGAAAGGCAAAGUAUCUGAUUUAAGCCAUCGAAGGACGCCUCAUCAGCAUCUUAUGUCUAAAUUCGAGCGCCGAAACCAAGCGCGACAGAAGCAACAGACUAAGCACAAGGAACAUCUAAGGGAGACCAAUGUUUUUGCAGGACGUGAUGGAGCACCGAGAAUAGUUGCAGUUGUGCCGCUAUGCGAAGGAGGGGAUGCUGCUGCGGCAGUGCGACUUCUAAGUGGUAGUCUGGACAUCGACAUGGAGAUCCCAGAAGCAGGCUUGGUCCGGACAGAUAUCGAUAGAUUCAAGCAAAAGAUCCAAUAUGUGGUUCUCAAACGGGAUUUGAUCGCAUGUUUAGAUGCUGGGCGGGUGGCGGAUUUUGUCAUAUUCGUACUAUCCCCGGAUCAAGAGGUGGAUGCGUUGGGAGAACUGAUCAUACGAAGUGUUGAAAGUCAAGGCCUGUCAACCCUUUUGACUGUUGUCCAAGGACUAGAUAAAGUUGAGCCUCCGAAGAGAAGGACACAGGUGCUUUCAUCUCUCAAGUCAUGGAUCACCCAUUUCCAUCCGGAUCAGGAGAAAGUACAUAAUUUGGAUUCCCGACAAGAAUGCGCCAAUCUAAUGAGAUCAUUAUGUACCGCAACGCCCAAAGGGGUUCGAUGGAGAGAGGAGAGAAGUUGGAUGCUAGUCGAUGAAGUCCAGUGGCCUGAAAAUGAGCAAGGCAAUGUUGUGUUCACAGGAGUUGUCAGAGGGAAAGGGUUAAAGGCGGACAGGUUGGUCCAAGUCGGAGACUGGGGAGAUUUUCAAAUCGAAAAAAUCACUGCUGCUCCAUUAGCUUCCAAGAAGAGAAAAGUGGAAGAGAUGGCUGUCGAUGAAAGUGGUGACGAGAAGGUCCUUGAUUCUCCCACUGCAGAGCAAGAUGAUCUUGCAGAACUGGCUCCGGAAGAGAUUAUGAUGGAGGAUGAUCUAGAUAUGGAUGGAGCAAUGUCAGUCGCUACAGUCGACAAGCGAGGAGUACUUCUGGACGAUCAUCAUUACUUUUCAGACGACCAGACGCAUAUGCCAGCCACCCCAAAACGAUUGCCCAAAGGAACAUCGGCGUAUCAAGCAGCAUGGUUCUUGGGAGACAAUUUCUCUGAUUCAGGGUCGGAUUUAGAAGAUUAUGACGAGCAAGGCGAUGUGUCAAUGGAUGCACCGGCUCUUCCUCAGGAUGGAAUCGAAGGGUUUGCGCCACGAGAGCCGACUGAAGCAGCACCCACUGAAUAUCCACAAUCCGAGAUGUUUCUCGAUCCAAAACCAGAUGAUGAAGCGGAAGCAGAACAGUUGGCUGCUUUCAGAGCACGAAAAGGAGAUGAAGCCGAGGAGGAUCGUGAAUUUCCAGAUGAGAUUGAGCUUCAUCCGCAAGUACUGGCACGAGAACGAUUAGCUCGAUUUCGAGGACUCAAGAGCCUUCGGACGAGCCACUGGGAAGAAGCCGAAGACAGAGCUCACGAACCAGAAGACUGGCGGCGAAUGCUUCAAGUGCCCGACUACAAAUCAGCGAGGAGUCAGGUCACUCGCGAGGCAUUAGUUGGUGGUGUGCCUGCUGGAACUCGGGUUCACGUCCAUCUUCGAAAUGUCCCUACCUCAUUCCGAUCCUUAUACAAUUUUUCACGGCCCCUCAACCUCUUCUCCUUACUGCGCCACGAGCACAAGCGUGCAGUCCUCAAUUUCAACAUCACCCUCGCCUCCGACUACCCUUCUCCAGUCAAAUCGAAAGAGGAAAUCAUCAUGCAAUGCGGUCCUCGCCGCUUUGUUAUCAAUCCGUUGUUCUCUGAUGGAGCAAACACGCAGAACGAUGUCCACAAGUUCGAUCGAUUCCUCUACCCUGGCCGAUCAGCCAUUGCGACCUUUGUGGCUCCUCUAACAUGGGGCUCUGUGCCUACCCUCUUCUUCAAGCGUAAUGUUCCAGACGAUGGCAUAAGCGGAGAAGAGUCUGCCAAGCUACCCCUGACUCUCAUGGGAACAGGAACCUCACUUGCACCAUCCUCCUCCCGUGUGAUUGCCAAGCGAAUCAUUCUCACUGGACAUCCAUAUAAGAUUCACAAGAAGCUUGUUACCAUUCGAUACAUGUUCUUCAACCGCGAGGAUGUGGAGUGGUUCAAGGCCUUGCAGCUGUGGACCAAGAGAGGGAGAAGUGGCUUCAUUAAGGAGAGUCUGGGUACACAUGGAUACUUCAAAGCGACUUUCGAUGGGAAGAUCAAUCCGCAGGACUCUGUGGGUGUGAGUUUGUACAAGAGAAUGUGGCCGAGGAAUGCAAGGACUUGGAAUUCUGCUGUAGAAAUGGGAAGCGAGGCGAAAGAUGUAGCCAUGGAGGUGGAUGAAGAGACUGGGGGUAUUGCUCUUUAGGAGGGUUUUGAUGAUGAUUUACGACCAAAAUACAAUGCGGGGACAGAAGACGAAAUAUGCCCUCUUUUCAAUCGGAUAUUCAAAGCUUCCUGUGUCUCCGAAUCCUUGUUAAGUCUGAAGGUGGAUAGAAAAAAGAUACACAAUCUCAGGACGGCGUUGGCGGUUUCGUCGCGGGAGUACUUGUUGAAGUUGCGUUGACACGGAAGAGUCUACAGCGCAGCUGGUCAUUUGUAUGGACCCACCCACGUUGUAGAACUGGUUCCGAAAAGCUGAACUCGCGAAUUGUAAAAUCGAUUUCCAGUCAAAAAUCAGGCAGAAAUAACCCAGUCGGUCCUUAUUCGCACCCUUGUAAAUAACCCGGUGGAGUCGCG